GUUCUCCUUCAGUUCUCCCGUAUGGAAGUCAAAGCUAACUCGAUACGAGUUUCUGCUUUUCUCCAGGUAAGCUACAACACUAGUCGUGCCGUUAGUGUUGUUGCCGAGAGAAUGGUAUUAUGUGCUCCUACGUGCUUAUUAAAUCAUCAGCACUACCAUCUUAUUACCAACAGUAAUUAUUAAUAACUGUGUUAAUAUUUAUUAAUUUUAAAUUAAUAAAUACAUUAUUAAAUAUCUAUAUAUGUGGUAGUAAAGUGUUUGUCGCGUUUAUUGGAAUAAUUUAGUGUCUUACGGAUGCUCCAGAUACCAUUUGGUGAUCAUUAUUUUAUUGUAAAAUCACCAGGUCUUAAAGAUCUAGGUACCAGGAGUAUAAAUAAUUAUAAUAAUUAUAAAAUAGUUUAAAUUAUUUAAACAAGAAUUUGUAAAAAAUGCCUUGCUCUGCGGUUACAUUAUCUCUGGCGACCAUAACCGGCAUCAUCGCCACGGCACUUCUUGCAAUUGCUUUUUCCACGGAUAACUGGCUUUACACAGAGGUCAAACGCGCCCAAAUACAGCAAUAUGCAUCAAAAAACGCUGAACAAAGUCACGUAAUAGAACAGAUGAAUUCAAAGUAUUAUUAUUACACAAGGACCCAGGGACUUUUUAGGAUAUGUUAUCCAAAAGAACGUCCACCAACUGUGGAAACUUAUCUCAGUCCAGUGGAAACUUAUUGUAUGAAUGUUGACUAUUUCAUCCCAGAUGGAGAAAAUGAAACAAGAGGAUUUUCAGAAGAUGCCAUGACACGACUUCAUAUGGGAAGAUCAAUCAUCGCUCUUUUUAUUCUCGCAUUCUUGGCCAUUUUCGUAGCAUUUUGGACGGGAGUAGUCGGAUGUUGGAGAAGAUCACACGGAAACGUCACAGCCACUGCAAUACUUAUGCUCAUUGCCUGCCUACUAAGUGCCGGUGGAAUGGGACUUUGGCAUGGUGUCGAGUACUACGAGAAAGAAAAAAUCGUAGGCGAUGAAUACUACCAACAAUGGAGCAAUGUGUUGAAGAAUAAUGUUGCCCAGUGGUAUGACUGGUCAUUUUAUUUAGCCUGGCUUGGAGUCGCAACAUGUCUUGCGACAAUGACUCUUUUCUUGAUAGCAGCAUCAUGUUUAAAGAAAGAACGAGCGCGCGAACAGGCUGCUAACAUACAAUAUAUUAUGCCAGUGUAUCCACAGAAGCAGCAAUACGCUUAUGCCGGAUAUCCUGCACCAGCAGCUUAUCCAGGUCCUUACUACCAUGGCUCUCAAUAUGGACCUUAUAAUUAUUAAAAAAAAGACUGUAUGAUAAGCUGGGAAUUUAUAAAUCGACACACAAAAAAAAAAAAAAAAAAAAAAAAAAUAAGAAAUCUCAUGAAACUAGUUAAUUAAAUAUAAUAAAUUCAAAAUAAAAUUUUAUAAAUUUACCGAGUAAAAACAGAAUAUUGUCGCAUCCCCGCUGUAUGGUUUUUUAAAAGCCGCUCCUUACUGCGAUUGACAAUUUGAAUUUUUUUUUAAUAUUCGGCACCAUGACCAUGAGAAAAAAAAAUUUAGCGAUCGCUGCAUCAUCGCCGUGACAUUUAAAAAAAAUGAAUCCUUGAAAUACUUGAAGAAAUAUAAAAAAACCAUAACCGCGGCUACAUGGUGCGAAUGCCGUGCAGUUAUGGUGCGGUGUGAAUAAAAAUUUGUUUUUUUAUUUAAAAAUAUAAAUUUUUACUCGGGUCUAUAACUUAAAAUUUUUUAUUGAAAAUUAAAAUAUUGUCCUUAGUAAUUAUAUAGAUUUUUUUUUUUAUAUAAAUAUAUAUAUAAAUAAUGUUAACAUAUAUGAUAAGUAUGAAUGAAAAUAACGUGUAUUUAACGGAUUAGUUUAAAGUUUCAAGAAAUGAAAUAUUUUUAAAUAUUUGAAAAAAAAAAAAAUUUUUUUUUAAUUAAUUUGAAAGGCUGAUCUUGCUCACAAUCAGUUCUUCAUAUCGCUACUUCGGGCGACAUAUUAUAUAUACAUAUACUUUAAAUAACAAAUUUUUUAAUAACGUAAUUAAUUAAUUAAUUAAUAUUAAUAUUAUUAAUUAAUGUAUUGUGCUAAUUUUGAAUGUCGUAUUGAUGAGAAAUAAAAAUGAUACUCGUUAAAGGUGCGAUUUUAAAUUUGAAACAAAUUAAAUAGUUUGUACAUUGUAAUUGCAUAUGUUUAUAGUUUUUUAGAGUGUCAUUAAUAAUUUCUUUUAAUACCGCGCAUUUAACUAUUGUAAGAGUGCUGAUUUAUUUUAUAUACGACGUAUAAAUAUUAUUUUAUUUUAUU